UCAGGUAUACACAAAUAGUUACAUACAUAGAUUAUCAUACAUAGCAGCAUAUAUCUAAAAUACCUAGGAUAACCCAAAAAAGUCAGAGUGACUUACGUAUUUCCAUUGGGGUCCUUUUAUAUUUACACUUGUAUAUUUACACUUACCUUGGAGAUGUUAGUUUAAUUAGUUUGAUGAAGGAGAUGCUGGCAGAGGUUUAGGGUGGUGGAAGAUAGCAGCAGGGCGGCGCAUGUUCAGCGGCCUUAUACACAUCCAACAACAUUUGAGAGUUACUUUCGUGUCAUUUUUCUAUCACUUACUCUCUUAACUUACUUGCUACACUGUUAAUUCUACACUUUAUCGCUGGCUGGCACUAUAGCCUUUAUCAAUACCUGCUGCUUUAAUAUCGUACAUAUCGUAGAAUCAAUGAAUCACUGCAGAAGGCACAUUCUCCUCUCUCUCUCUUCCUCCUCCACUUUGGUACUUUGCUACAAGUUUUUUCUUGUAUUUUAUUGUGUUUCUUUCCUUCUUUAUCACAGGGCUGGCACUAGAAACUUUCUUUGGGCCCAUGGUGGCUUAUUUAGCAGUUACAAGCACUAAAAACAAUGGAAUAAUAAUAAACAUAUUGCUUGUAUGCGUGGAAUUGUCCUACUGGCUUGUACAAUGGCACACUGGCUGUACACGGAGCCAUGGAGUGGCCUGGCCCACUCAGGCCACGUGGACACGUUUGGAACUAAUGCCCUUAACCGAGUUCUUGGGUGUUAACCUAGCCAAUAUUAUGCCGCUAUCCGAUUUUGGCGUUAAACAAUGCUGCCGUUACCCAAGGGUCCACUGUAUUGAGUCGACAGAACACCUGAGGUGUUAUUAACCUAAAUUCCCUACCCCUCAUCCCAAGAAAAAGAAAAUAUUGGAAUACCCAGGGAAGCAGUGAAAAAGUUACCACUGGAGGUUAAAUAAAAAUCAGUAGUAGCAGAUGGAGGUAAAAGAUAUAAGAUGCCGACACAGUGAAAAAAAAUUUGACAAAUGCAGUAUAAUGUGAUCCUCUAUUGACUGUUUUUCACCCAUAGAGUGUGCCUGAUCAAGUCACAAGCAGAUCAUUGGGUAAAGAGUACAUGAUGGAAGUAAGUGGUAUAAAAUACUAACACAAUGGAAAUAUAAGCAAUUAAGCAGUAUAAUGUGAUCCUUUAUUGACAGUGAUUCUUAUGUGGGAUAGUGAUGAAGUUUCUUGGCAAGAGGUUCAGCUAUGUUAUAGAAGCCGUUGUUCUGGUUGAAGUUGUUGGAUGUACAGAUAAGUGAUGAUUCCAUGACUCUUCCUUGGAUCGUCAGAUCUGCCUGCUAAAUACCAAAGUACCAAAUACCAAACACAUAUUUCAGAACACCAGUACGCAGGCAGAUCUGACGAUCCAAGGAAUGCCUGCGUUCAACACUGAAAUUCACACAACCAUUUAAUCAACUACAGAAAUGCAAGACUUAUCGCCAGAGAAGACAACACUCAAUACCGAAGAAUCCUGGAAUCAUCACUUGUCUGUACAUCCAACAACUUCAACCAGAACAACGGCUUCUAUAACAUAGCUGAACCUCUUGCCAAGAAACUUCUUCAUUGCUAUUCCACAUAAGAAUCAAAACACUGCAGAAGGUCUACUCAUAUACUUAUCCAAUCUCUUUUAAAAGCUACCCAAGUUUUUAGACUCUAUCACUCUACUUGGAACGCUGUCACAUGCAGCUUUCUCCACCUGACUCGGCAUUCUCAUCCUGUGAAUAUUCACAUAUGUUUCACCCAGGUAGAUCUGUUUGUGACUUGAUAAAGCCCACUGUGUGGGCAAAAUGUUGUCAGUAAAGGAUCACAUUAUACUGCUUAAAUGUUUACAUUUCCAAAGAGUACAAAGUAUAUAUAGGGUGGAGAGCCAGGUGGAGAAUGCAGGGUAGGUUAGAUUUGAGGUGGACCUGCACAGGAUGGGUGAGAAUGUUGGGUAGGUUUAUUUGAGAUGAACAUGCAUGGGAUGGGCAAGUGUAUAUGUUAUGUAGGAUAAUGAAGAUGUUUCCUGGCAAGGGGUUCAGCUAUGUUGUAAGAACUGUUGUUCUGGUUGAAAUUGUAAGAUACAGAUCAGUGAAGAUUCCAAGGUCCUGCAGUACCGAGUGUCUUCUUCCCUUGCAAUGAAUCUUGCAUCUUUGUAGUUCAUUAAAUGGUUGUGGAAGCUUUGGUAUAGAAUGCAGGCAUUCCUGAAAUACGUGUUUCGAGAUCUAUAAAUAUCUCUCCCAUGUAUAAUUGGUUCCAGUCAUUGCAGGGGAUUGUCUACCCCUGUACUGGAUUAAACAUUAUUACAUCUGUUAAUGGUGAUAUCUUUGAUAGUGGUGGAUGUGGAGGUAGAUACUUGGAUUAAGGUAUUGGAAAUGUGUUUGGCAGUGGAGUUGGUGGGCAGGACUAUGUAUCUCCUCUCGUCGGUAUCUUGUCUGAGUGACAGUUGAGAAUGUUAGUUGCAUGGCUUCUGCAGUCUAAUGAAGUGACGAGGUUAGUGAAGUUUAGAAAAUACUUGUUCACUGAGAAAGCAUUCUUCCUCGAGGAAUUCAUUGCUACAGAUUUGAAGGGCAUGAAGAGAAAAGCCUGUGAUUACACCACAUUUAGUUUUGGUAAUGUGGUAAGAUUAGAGGUGGAGAAGAUAAUGUUGGUUGGUAGGUUUUCAAUAACUUUAAAACACAGUUCGUUGUCAGCUUUGCAGAGAGGAACAUCAAGGAAAGGAAGAGUAUUGUCGACUUGUUGUAGUGUAAACUGGAUUGAGUGCUCAGUCUGGUUGAGCUUGUGUUGGAGAGCAGGAAUGCUGAAGCGUCUGGAAGUUAUGACAAUGUCAUAGUCAUAAGAGGUAAUAAAGGAAAAUCACUCGGCUUCUAGAUGUUCUGUGUUUAGGUUCACCAGUAUGGCACUUAGUGGGGGAAUUCAUGGGUAGUUCAAAAGUCUGCUGAAAAAGGUGAUUUCCAAAAGAGAAAACAGUUCAACAAGGUCGAUGAAAUCAUUAGCUGAAACAAGGUCAUGCGGGUUGUCAGUUUUCCAGUGCAGGAGAUCAAUUGCUUAUGUAGUUAGGUACCUUUGGUAAAUAGCGAUGUUACGUGUAGGCUAGAGAGCUUCUUGUUCCUGAUGUUAAUGUUGCGGACUAAUUGUGCCCAAGAGUUCAGAAAGAGUGUUGAGCAAGUAUCUUUGAGAAUGAACUUCUUUUUAAAACUAUCAAAAACCUACCAACCAGGACAAAGUUAUCCACUUCUAAUCUCACCACGACACCAAAACUAAAUGUAUUUUAAUCAUAGGCUUUUUACUUCAUGCCCUCCUAAUCUGUAGCAAUGAAUUCUUUGAGGAAGAAGGUUCUCUUAUUGAACAGGUAUUUUCUAAACUUCACUAUGCUCGUCACUUCAUUAGAGACUGCAGACGCCAUGCAUGUAACAUCCUCAACUCAACCACACAAGAUAUUACGAACAGGAGAUGCUUAGUCGUCCUCACCAACUCCAGUGCCAAACGCGUUUCCAGCAUCUUUUCCACCCAUCCGUGAAUAAUGAUGAGCAGGUCAAACCUCGAUCAUUACGCUUUACAUGGAGCAUGAAAACUACAUCAUCACGUGACCCCAAUGACAUCAUGGCCGAGAUUCGCAAGGUUUUAGAUGCAAACAACUGUGAUUAUGAGCAGCGAGAAAAGUUCUUGCUUCUUUGUGUCCACGGGGACCCUAAUACAGACUCCUUAGUACAAUGGGAGAUUGAGGUUUGUAAACUGCCUAGACUUAGCUUGAAUUUGGGGUUCGGUUCAAGAGGAUAUCAGGAACUUCUAUUGGUUUUAAGAAUAUUGCCAGCAAGAUUGCAAAUAAAAUUGAAACUGUGACUACAAGGAGAAUUUGAAUUAGGAG